GGCGGAGACAAAGCCCCGGACCUCAGGACCCGGCUAGGCAGGCGCACACCAGUCCUGAGCUGGGUGUCCAGUGACUCCGGGGGACGUGUGACCAGCCCUCUAACCCUGGACCAUGUCCACCCCACACCCCCCACCGCGAAUGCUGAGUCCUUAGGUGGGCACCGAGUUCUCAGCAGCACAGGUCAGGGGUAGCCGCGAGCCAGCCCUCCAGCCCCUCUGAACACUCUCAGAGGACCCCAGUUGAAGUCCUCAAGACCUUUGAGUACCCAACUGGAACUUCAGCACCCUUAAGUGCUUAAGGCAGAGGACCCCAGGGGACAUGGGUGAGGCACACCAGGCCUCGGGCUUGCUGUCCUCACUGAGCUCGGAUGGGUCGGAAGUAGAGCUGAGCUCCACAGUGUGGCAGGAGAUCUACCUAUCAGGCCUGCGCUCUUGGAAAAGGCAUCUCUGGCGUUUCUGGAGCGACUUUCUUACUGGUGUGGUCCCUGCCAGCCCCCUCAGCUGGCUCUUCCUCUUCAGUGCAAUCCAGCUGGCUUGGUUUCUCCAGCUGGAUCCCUCCUUAGGACUGAUGGAGAAGAUUAAAGAGUUACUGCCAGACUGGGGUGGACAGCACCAUCGCCUCCGAGGGGUCCUGGCAGCAGCGCUGUUUGCCUCAUGUCUGUGGGGAGCCCUGAUCUUCACGCUUCACGUGGCCCUGAGGCUUCUUCUGUCCCAUCAUGGCUGGCUUCUGGAACCUCAUGGAACUAUGUCCUCACCCACCAAGACCUGGCUGGCGCUGGUCCGCAUCUUCUCCGGCCGCCGCCCCAUGCUGUUCGGCUUCCAGCGUUCGCUGCCGCGGCUGCCGGUACCCGCGGUGCAGGACUCAGUGCGCAAGUACCUGGAGUCCGUCCGCCCACUGCUCCGCGACGACGCCUUCGACUGCGCGGCGGCGCUGGCGCACGACUUCCUGCGGCUGCAGGCGCCGCUGCUGCAGUUCUACCUGCGCCUCAAGUCCUGGUGCGCCUCCAACUACGUCAGUGACUGGUGGGAAGAGUUUGUGUACCUGCGCUCACGCAACUCCCUGCUGGUGAACAGUACCUUCUACAUGAUGGACUUCCUGUACGUCACACCCACACCGCUGCAGGCGGCCCGGGCUGGGAAUGCUGUCCACGCCCUGCUCCUGUAUCGCCAUCGUCUGAACCGCCAGGAGAUUCCACCCAUCUUGCUGAUGGGAAUGCGACCCUUGUGUUCUGCGCAGUACGAAAGGAUAUUCAACACCACACGGAUUCCAGGGGUGGAAAAAGACCACCUCCGUCAUCUCCAGGACAGCCGGCAUGUGGCUGUCUUCCACCGGGGCCGAUUCUUCCGGGUGGGGACCCACUCCCAGAAUGGCCUGCUGUCCCCAAGGGCCCUGGAGCAGCAGUUUCAGUGGAUCCUGGACGACCCUUCCCCUGCCUGUCCCCACGAGGAGCAUCUAGCAGCCUUGACCACCGCUCCCAGGAGUAUGUGGGCCCAGGUGCGGGAGUCGCUGAAGACCCAUGCCACCUCUGCCCUGGAAGCUGUGGAAGGGGCCGCCUUCUUUGUGUCCCUUGAUUCUGAGCCUGCGGGACUGACCAAGGAGGACCCUGCAGCGUCCCUGGACGCCUAUGCUCACGCUCUGCUGGCUGGCCGGGGCCAUGACCGCUGGCUGGACAAAUCCUUCACCCUCAUCAUCUUCUCUAACGGGAAGCUGGGCCUCAGCGUGGAGCACUCGUGGGCCGACUGCCCCAUCUCAGGACACAUGUGGGAGUUCACCCUGGCCACAGAAUGCUUCCACCUGGGGUACGCAGCGGACGGCCACUGCAAAGGGCAUCCUGACCCCACACUGCCGCAUCCCCAGCGCCUGCAGUGGGACCUUACAGAACAGAUCCAUCAGUCUGUCUCUCUGGCUCUGCGGGGAGCCAAGACCUUGUCUGGUGACACCGACUGCCAUGUCCUCCCCUUUUCCCACUUUGGCAAGAGUUUCAUCAAACGCUGCCUCGUCUCUUCAGACAGCUUCAUUCAGAUGGUCCUUCAGCUAGCCCACUUCCGGGACAGGGGUCAAUUCUGCCUGACUUAUGAGUCAGCCAUGACUCGACUGUUCCUGGAGGGCCGGACAGAGACCGUGCGGUCUUGCACAAGAGAGGCAUGCCACUUUGUGAGAGCCAUGGAAGACAAGAAGACAGACCAGCAGUGCCUUGCCCUGUUCCGGAUGGCUGUGGACAAGCACCAGGCUCUCCUGAAGGCAGCGAUGAGUGGGCAGGGGAUCGAUCGCCACCUCUUCGCACUCUACAUUGUGUCCCGAUUUCUCCACCUGCAGUCGCCUUUCCUGACCCAGGUCCAGUCCCAGCAGUGGCUACUGUCCGCCAGCCAGAUCCCUGUGCAACAGACGCACCUGUUUGACAUCCAUAAUUAUCCAGAUUAUGUUUCCUCGGGAGGUGGAUUUGGGCCCGCUGAUGACCACGGGUAUGGCAUCUCCUACAUCUUCAUGGGGGAAGACAUGAUCACCUUCCACAUCUCCAGCAAGAAGUCAAGCAGAAAAACAGACUCUCACCGGCUGGGGCAGCACAUCAAGGAUGCCCUGCUGGACGUGGCCUCUCUGUUCCAGGCUGGGCAGCAUCUCAAGCACCAGUUCAGGAGCCUGGGGGAGGAGGACUCGGGGCACAGUCAUGGAUCAUCUCUCUCCAGUGAUACUGUGGGCUCCAAGGCCUCCCCCAACUUCUGAACCCUCUGGAGGGAGCUGGUCUCCCUCAGGAAGUGGGGCACCAUCCUCAGAGCUGGGCUGCUGUAGGAGAACAAAGCAGCCCCACACUGGGCAAUAAAGCUGUGUGAGCUGGGCA